CGACAAGCACUUGAACCCCGACAUACCCUCCUCCGCCUCUGAUAGUGCAGGAGUUUGUCAUUUUGGUUUCAAACUCGGGAAGCAUUUUCACAUUUCUAUUGGCAAUUAGGAAAACUGGUCUUCACAACUUUACUUAAUUCCCGAUAUUCCCAACGAGGGAGAGGAGCUGGUAUCUUGUCAUUUCCAUGCAUGGGAGUGACAUAGGAGAAGCGAAGGGAGAAGACUGGUUCCGGCCCCCGAGGCAGCACAGAGGCCCCUGACUGAGACGGCAGCAGUAUGAGUGUGGAUGAGGGCCAGUUCUACAGUGUGCAGGUGGGAGACUCCACCUUCACUGUUCUGAAGCGCUACCAGGAGCUCAGGGCCAUCGGCUCCGGGGCACAGGGCAUUGUCUGCUCUGCUCUAGACUCAGUGUUAGGUUUUCCCGUGGCAGUAAAGAAGCUGUGUCGGCCAUUCCAGAACCAGACUCAUGCCAAGCGGGCCUACAGGGAACUGGUGCUGCUCAAAUGUGUCAACCACAAAAACAUUAUCAGGUUGAUCAAUGUGUUCACGCCUCAGAAGUCACUGGAGGAGUUUCAGGACCUCUACCUAGUGAUGGAGCUAAUGGAUGCCAGUCUGUGCCAGGUGAUCCACAUGGACCUGGACCAUGAGAGGAUGUCCUACCUGCUCUACCAGAUCCUCUGUGGCAUCAGACACCUGCACUCCGCUGGCAUCAUCCACAGGGAUCUGAAGCCCAGUAACAUAGUGGUCAAGUCGGACUGUACUCUGAAGAUCCUGGACUUUGGAUUGGCCAGAACGGCCUGCACUAACUUCAUGAUGACCCCUUAUGUGGUGACUAGGUACUACAGGGCCCCAGAGGUCAUCCUGGGCAUGAAGUACAAGGAGAACGUUGACCUGUGGUCUGUUGGCUGCAUCAUGGCUGAGAUGAUUGCACACAAAAUCCUCUUCCCUGGAAAAGACUACAUAGACCAGUGGAACAAGGUGAUUGAGGUGCUGGGUACUCCCUCCAUGGAGUUUAUGAACCGGCUGAUGGAGACUGUGAGGAACUAUGUGAUGAACAAGCCUCAAUACCCAGGGGUGAACUUCGCUGAACUAUUUCCUGACUGGGCCUUCCCCUCUGAUUCCGAACACGACAGACUCAAGACGGGUCAAGCUCGGGACCUGCUGUCCAAAAUGCUAGUGAUCGAUCCCGAGAGCCGCAUCUCAGUAGAAGAGGCCCUGAAUCACCCGUAUAUCCACGUGUGGUACGAUCCAGGAGAGGCAGAUGCGCCUCCCCCACAGAUCUGUGACAAGCAGCUAGAGGAGAGAGAACACAGCAUCGAACAGUGGAAAGAGCUCAUUUAUGAAGAAUUGAUAGACUGGGAGGAGAGGAACAAGAACGGCGUGACGAAAGACGAGUCAGAUGCAGUGAGGGGGUUGGCUUCCCAGUCGUCCUCGGCCAAUGACAUCUCGUCCAUGUCAACAGAGCAAACCCUGGCCUCCGACACUGACAGCAGCAGCAUUGACACACUCACUGGACACCUGGGCGAGAGCCAAUGAGAUCGCACCAGGAAGUGUAUAUUUUUCUCUCUAUUCUAGCUUGCUUUGUCUCGCUUACUUCAUAUUUCUUUCCGUAUACUUUUUUUUCUCUCUCUAACUUCCAUGCAUAGGUCUAUUUUUCUAAAGGAAAAAUUGUGUGAUCUUGGACAGGUAUAGUUUAGCUGUAACCCCAGAGCAGUGUUUCACUUCUAUUCUAAGCCUUAUUUUUCUGACUGUGUGUAAGAGGCGCAAGUUAAACUAUCUAUAUUGGCUUAAUAGCCUUUUUAUUAAUAUUUGAAGUUUUCUGUAAUAUAUUCUUCCAUUUUGAAUAUCUGUCUUUAGAAUUCUUGGCAAGGGACUUGAUAUUUACUUUGCCUACCUUCUAAAAAAAAUGUUUUAUUGUUUUUGUUUUCAAUUAAGGUUAUAAAGAUUUUAACCUAAA